AUUGUUGUUCAGUGUCCUAGGGGGUAAACAGAAAGACCAGAGUAAAACUGUGGUUAGAAGGCAAGAGUAUGAAACAAAUGGGGCUCUACCGUAAGUAGUUCAAACACGGGGCCUCCGAUUUUUACCAGAAUGGUAGCGUAAUCUUCAACAAAAAGGUCUCCAAUAUUUCUACGGAGAGAGAGAGAGAUUUUCACAGAGAGAAGCGCGAUAUGACUGAGAUCUCAAGAACUUGUCCAUUUCUGCUAUUGUUCUUGUCAAUUUCUCUGCAAUUCAUUUCCGGCCUGUCAAGUGAUUCAUCAAGUUCAAAAGAUGGAACAACCGCCGAUAAGCAAACCACUUCCAGGAGCGGAACCGGGUCCAAGAUUCUCAUCAUAUGCCUGGUUCUUGUGGGAGUUGUGCUUUUAUCAUUUUCCCUUUUCAAAUUCUGGCAGAAGAAAAAGCGUGAAGAGCAAUAUGCUCGUCUAUUAAAGUUGUUUGAACAAGAUGAUGAGCUAGAACUUGAACUUGGCCUUCGGGACUGAGCCUGUGUCCAAAUUAUUGCUCAUCUGUAUUUAGUUGAGCUACAGGCUUUCUACAUGGGUAGAUGGGGACAACCUGUUUGGAGGUUAUUUCCAAUGGCCAGGAUUGCAGCGGGUGAUUUGUAGAGAUCUUAUAGGAUGAGGUCAGAUGUUUCUGAUUUCUAUAUUGUACCAUUUGUAAUAUUAGAAGUGACAGAAUUUUUCUCGAAUGUGGAAUUUUUUUUUUCAUCUGAGAUACAUAAGAGAAGGAUGUUAAUUUGUAAGAAUGAGAAAGUCUGAGAGUUUCAAUUUGUGGAUAUAUUGCAUUUAUUAUCAUGUUUGACUA